AUGGUGCAGAAUAUCAGAGACAUGGAUGAAUUAAGAAAAUUUUUGAAAGCUGCUGGAACGAAUCUUGUGGUGGUUGAAUUUUCAGCAAAAUGGUGUAGUCCUUGCAAAAGGAUUUAUCCUCUUUUUCGUGCAAUGUCUCAGCAAUACCCAGGUGUAAUGUUUGCCACUGUGGAUGUGGACGAGGCUCGGGAGUUGGCCGAAAUUUAUCACGUCAAAGCAGUACCCACAUUUCAGAUGUUCAAGCAAUUCCAGAAGGUAACCCUAUUCUCAAGAAUCAAAAGAGCAAUUUGCUGUAAUAGAAGUGGAUCCCUGAACGAGCCGGUAAGUGAAAUGGGAUCAAGCCAGAGGCACAAAGCUGGGUUUACUUUCGAGGAACAGAAUGGCCCGUGAUGCCUGCGGGUGUCACGCUGCUCCCUGGGGAAGGAGAAUCCUUAGAUGUGGGCUUAGUUUCUUCUCUUCUGCACACUGAGCACCGAAGUUAGCGCUAGACCUUUCUAACCCCUGCCCCCAAAGUCCUGCCACCCCGUCUUGCUGCUGAAAUCUCCCUCCCUGAAAACUUAAGUCUUCACCCAAUCUCAGCCUUAGU